AUGGCUCCACCACGGACGUCUCGUGGAAAGGGUCCUAAACAAAAACAUGACUCUGGCAGAACUUUGAAACGCAAGCGCGGCGACGACCAGCUAUCCUCGCUCGCCCAAAAAGUCGAAGAUCUCGACAUCAAGACCGCCGUCAAAAACUUCUCCGACCUGCCCCUCUCCGACCCUACGGCGCGUGGCCUCACUGCUUCACAUUACAAGGUCCUGACCGACAUUCAGUCCCGUGCGAUCAGUCAUGCCCUCAAGGGUCGCGAUAUUCUCGGCGCCGCGAAAACCGGUAGCGGCAAAACUCUCGCGUUCCUCGUCCCAGUGCUGGAGAACCUGUACCGCAAGCAAUGGACCGAAUACGAUGGCCUGGGUGCGCUCAUCCUCGCCCCAACCCGUGAGCUCGCUAUUCAGAUCUUCGAAGUGCUCCGCAAGGUGGGCCGAUACCAUGCGUUCUCCGCUGGACUGGUCAUUGGAGGUAAAAGCUUGCGUGAGGAACAAGAAAGAUUGGGACGAAUGAAUAUUCUGGUCUGUACGCCAGGACGCAUGCUUCAGCAUCUGGAUCAGACUGCCAUGCUGGAGACGAACAACUUGAAGCUCCUGGUGAUGGACGAGGCGGACCGGAUUUUGGAUAUGGGUUUUCAGAAGACAGUGGAUGCUAUUAUCGACCAUCUCCCCAAGGAGCGGCAAACUAUGCUCUUCAGUGCGACGCAGACGAAGAAGGUUGGAGAUUUGGCUCGUCUCAGUCUACAAGACCCCGAAUACGUUGCCGUUCACGAAACCGCCGCCGCGGCGACCCCCUCAACUCUUCAGCAACACUAUACUAUUACCCCGCUUGCAACGAAACUCGAUGUCCUGUGGAGCUUUAUUCGCAGUAACCUGAAGUCUAAGACGGUGGUGUUCUUGUCUUCGGGCAAGCAGGUUCGAUUUGUGUACGAGUCUUUCCGACACCUCCAGCCUGGUAUCCCUUUGAUGCACCUACACGGCAAACAGAAGCAGGGUGGUCGACUUGACAUUACCACGAAAUUCUCCCAGUCCCAGCAUGCCGUUCUCUUUGCGACAGAUGUCGCGGCCCGUGGUCUCGAUUUUCCUGCGGUCGACUGGGUUAUUCAGGUUGACUGCCCCGAAGAUAGCGACACCUAUAUUCACCGAGUCGGAAGAACAGCCCGUUACGAACGAAUUGGUCGUGCCGUGAUUUUCUUGGAUCCUAGUGAGGAGAAGGGCAUGCUCAAGCGUCUUGAGCAAAAGAAGGUGCCCAUCGAGAAAAUCAACAUCAAAGCCAACAAGCAGCAGAGUAUCAAAAGUCAGCUGCAAAAUAUGUGUUUCAAGGACCCCGAGCUGAAGUAUCUGGGUCAGAAGGCCUUUAUCUCUUACGUCAAGUCUAUCUACGUGCAAAAGGACAAGGAAACCUUCAACUUGAAGGAGUUGAAACUAGAGGAAUUUGCCUCUAGUCUGGGUCUUCCUGGUGCUCCUCGCAUCAAGUUCAUCAAGGGAGACGACACCAAGGAGCGCAAGAAUGCCUCCUGGAGGAUGUCUCACCUGACCGACUCCGAGAACGAGUCGGGCGAGGAGGGUGCGGCCAAGAAGGACAAGAAGGAUGAGAAGGAAGUGCGAACCCGUUACGACCGGAUGUUCGAGCGUCGAAACCAGGACGUGCUGGCUGGGCAUUACUCCAAGCUUAUCAAUGAUGAUGGCACGAUGAUAGAUAACGGUGCUGCAACGGCCACUGGCGAAGAUGCCGACGAGGACGCCGAUUUCUUGUCCGUCAAGCGCGUCUUUGCUGCCGGCGACGACAACCUAGGCAAGAGUGAUUCAUCCGAUUUCGAAGAUUCCAGCGAGGACGAGAAGGACACCAAGGUGGUGCAGCUGGAUGGCAAGAACGAGUUGAUCAUCGACUCGAAGCGCCGCGAGAAGCUGCUCAAAUCGAAGAAAAAGUUGCUCAAGUUCAAGGGCAAGGGUACCCGGCUUGUCUACGACGAGGAGGGCAAUGCCCACGAGGUAUACGAGAUGGAGGACGAGGAGCAAUUCAAGGCCCGUGGCGACGCCGAUACCCAGCGCGAGCGUUUCUUGACCGAGGAAGCCGAACGCACUCGUGUUGCGGAUCUCGAGGACAAGGAGGUCGCCCGCGAGAAGCGUCGCGAGAAGAAGGAGAAGCGGAAGGCCCGCGAGCGUGCCGUUGCCACGGAGGAGGCAGAGGACGACGAAGAGGGCGGUGUUCCUCAUGGCCUGCCUUACGUGCCUUUCGAAAUUCCCGGGCCCGAUUCUGGAUCCGAAGCCGAGGAGAAGGAAGAACCAUCACGACCCAGCAAGAAGCAGCGCGUUUCUUUUGCAGAGCCCGGCUCCGACAGCGAGGAGAACUCUCGCCAGAAGCGCACCAAGGGCAAGAAGGCUGCUGCUGCCCAGCCCCAGAUCGAGACUCUGGCGGAUCUGGAGGCGCUGGCCAGUGGAUUGCUGGGUUAA